CAGAUGAGGAAUUUACAAUUAAAGCCUGUGUUCGUUCCCAAUUUCCAGGUGUGUUCUCUUCUUCUUCUUCUCUGUUAGAUUGAACGAGAUAAAACGUAAAACCCUACAAAACUCUCGAGCUCAAAAUUCAGACACCCCAUGGCUCUGUCAAUCUCAACCACACUGCACUACCCUAAAUUCAGCUUCUCUCGUAACAACUUCCGUCCCAAACUUCCAACCUCUCUCAGGUUUCCCACCGAGAAACCAUGGAGUGGUGUGAAGAUUACAUGUGCUGCUGCUUCUGCAGCAGGAAGCUCCAACCCUGGCGGUGAAUCAAACCCUUACGAGGUUCUAGGUGUAAGCCCUAUUGAGAAGUUUGAUACAAUCAAGGCAACGUAUUCGAGAAAGAGAAAGGAAGCUGAGAUGAUGGGUGAUGAAGAAACUGCUUCCAGACUGGAAAAGGCAUAUGACAAAAUCAUGAUGUCUCAAUUGUCUAAUCGGAAAAAGGGUGUGACUUUUGGAUCAUUUAAGGUUUCAAAGGAUAUCAAGUAUGCUGACAAGCAGCCAAUUAUACCUUGGGGGCCAAGGUUUGCUAAAUCAAGUAAAAAUGAUAUACGGAUCAACUUGGCAAUAUCUGCGAUUUUUACAGCUUGGGUCUAUGUGAAGCGCAUUGCUGAAUAUAAACCGUUGCAGUUUUUAGCCUUUGCUUUUGUUUAUAGGCUUUUUGAAAAGUUAAAAUCCUUUGAAUCUCCUGUAACCUCCACAUAUAACGAAGAGGGUGAAGAUACAGGAGAAGGACUGCGUAUGGGAAAACGAUUGUUAAGAUCACUGGCCUUGGUUUUCGGAUGUAUAGCCUUUUCAUCCUUGGGAUACACUUUCAUUUUGAACAUAAUUGAGUUUGCCGGUGGUUUUAUUCCUGCUACACUUUACAACAGUCAGGAGUUGAUAAUCACCACAUCAUCUGCAGUUAUGCUCCAUAUUUUGGCAUCUUAUUACAGAUAGUGGACAUUUCUUGAAGACACAGAAACCAUGCAAUUUAGUCAUCAUCGGAAUAUUGUUUACCUUUUCUUCCUUUUUUAAGUUUUUUUCUCUUGUGAGCUGAGUUCUUUCCGUGUUUCACUGAAAUUUUGUCAAAAGAGAAAAUAUAUUUUCCUUGUUCUAAACUUCUAAUGAAGUAGGUAGUGUUGAUUUCAAUUUUUGUUUUUGUUUAUGUUUCAAUAUUGUGUUAUGAUAUGAUCCUUUGGAUCUCUCAUAUCAUUGGAACAGUCUCGCCCCUAAGCCCUUUUCUUAGUUUAUAUUCUAUUAGCAUUUCCCCCUUUUUGGAUGUCGUUUGGGGACUCAACUUCCAUGAUGUAAAAAGGACCUUAUUUAACUACGGGUUCAUGCUAUAAUAUUGCACUUAUUCA